CCUCCUUGAAUUUCAGUUUCCCUGGCAACUCUGGACAGCACCGCCGUCUUCCAGACAUGUGUUUGGCCUGCACUUGAUUGGUCGAUGUCUCGUCCAGCUCCAUGUCCCAUUUACACUUUAAGAGGGGCCAGCGCUCCUCUUAACACUCUCCACUUCAGAUGCUCUGGAGGCGACAGCCCCCUGCUGUUUUCUGGGUCUGCAAAAGGCGCCGUCCACAUCUGGAACCUGAACAGCCGGAGGGCAGAGCGGGUUCUAGAGGGUCAUGGUGGUAAUUCAGUCAUCUGGGUCAGCACACUGCGGACAGGAGAUGCUCUCAUCAGUCAGGGACGUGACAUGCGGGUAUGCCUGUGGGAUCUGACUGAAGGUCGCAGCGAGGCGGUGGACUCCGUGUGGACGGGCAGUGUUGGGUUCUGUCAGUGCUCCGUGCUGGAAACAAGCUCCUCCAGCUACCUGCUGGCAUUUGCUGGCCCGCAGACCGAAGAGAUCAAGGUCAUCGAGAUGCCCAGUAAGAACCCGGUCUGCACGCUGACACCAGACACGAAGCUGGGAAUGGUCAUGUGCGUACAACUGUGGAAGCCUGACUCGGGUCUCGGACCGCUGCUGUUCGCUGGAUACGAGGACGGUUCCCUGUUGCUGUGGGACGUAACCCAGAGGUCCGAGCUGAGCCGUGUCAAAGCCCACCCCGAGCCCGUCAUGUGCCUGACCUUUGACCCCGGCCGUCUGAGGGGCGUCUCGGGCUCCUGUGAGAAGAAGCUCUCUUCGUGGAUGCUGGACGGCCAGAACCACAUACAGCUCCAGAACUGCGUGACGCUGGUCAAUCCCGGUGUUUCUCAGCUCCGAGUCCGGGGUGACGGGCGCCUGCUGGCAUCUGCGGGCUGGGACCACCGAGUGCGAGUGUUCGGCUGGAAGAAGCUGCAGCCGCUGGCGGUCCUUCAGUACCACACGGACAUGGUGCUCAGCGUGGCCUUCUCUGAUCACCAGGACCCCAGGCAAAGACUGCUGGCUGCUGGAUCCAAGGACCAGCGCGUCAGCCUGUGGUCCAUUUACAACCAAAAUGCCGACACAUGCUGAUUCUCUGAACUCUCUCUGGGUUUCAGUCUGCAGACUGAAAUCAAAAUAUCAUCUGCUCUGUUUUGUAGUGACCCGGUUCGACUCUUGGCAUGGGCCGGUACCAGAUUCUCUCAGCUUGAGAACUCUGAGGAACAAAUGGAAGUUUCACAAAAGAGCAGAACGUAGUUUGCGUUUCUGUUUUAAAAUGAAAAAAAAGCAACAUGUAUUCCUACUUCUGCUCAAACAUAUUGUGUAAAAAUGCUGCAAAAAAAUUAUGUUCAUUUUGAUAGCCUUAAGUGGAUAUUUUGAGUAAAUCCCUUCUAAGUUUAGUUAUUGAUAUUACUGGAUAAAUUAGUAGGGCUGUCUGCUGCUGUACCUAGCUUGCAGCCAACUGCAUGACAGACAAGCCGCUUGCAGAUUGCUGGCUGUAAUUCUACAUGCAGCUUCACCUUAAUAACAAGACAAAAGUGUGAUUCCUUUAAUUUCCAUAUCAUGACUGUUAUGGGUUUUUUUAAGCAGGUUUAUGGAAAAUGUUUUUACCUUUCUGUCAGCUUUAACAGCGGAGAUGACGUGCUGACAGACAGUCAUUCCAAGUCACUCCCUCCUGCUUCCUGCUAUCUCAUUAAAAGGUGUUUAAAUUACAGCUGCACCUAUGAGUGGUCCUUGUGAUUGGACUUGUGUAAUUUGGUAGUUACUUGUUCAACUACUGUUAAUUUUUUGUGCAUUUGUUUCUGUUGAGUAAAUACAUUAACAAUAUAAGCGGCAAUCAUUUUUUUGAUCCAUAGAUUCAAUUGUGAGAAGGAAAAUCAGAAUUGAAUGCGUGAAUAUCAUAAUCUAAAGUAAUUGUUUCAUGUACUUUUCUUUAUCAAAACACCUGCAAAUUUUUAUUUUAUUUUUUAUUUCUGCAUUACAGGAAGCAUUGAAAUUGAUAAAAAUUCCAAUAGACCAGUCAGAUCCCUAAGAACCCCAGAGGCUGGUGUUGGUUGAGAAAAGACUAAUUGUUGUAUCCCAUUAACUCUUGUAACUUCUUAAAACUUUUCUACUUUAAUACCAGCAACCGGCUCAUGCCUGCUUACACGACACAGAGCUACAUAUAAAAGUUUACAUUAGAAUUUUAAAUGUUUAUUUUUUUCUAUGUUUACAAAGGCCAUGAUUUUCCAUACAAAAUGAAAAAAGUAUGUCAGUCUAAAAUCAUAAAAUGAUCAAGCAAGACAGAAAGAACAGUUUGGAGCACUGGUGUAAUAUUAAUACCAAAGUACAGAUUCAAAAACCAGCCUUUUAUUUUUCAUCCAUUUCCUUUUUCUGAACGUUUUCAGGUUAAAGAGCUGCUUUUUCUCUUGCAUCUUAGUGCGUUUUGAUAACUUUUCUAACAGCUCGCUCUUAGAAAAGUUUUCAGUUUUAAUUCUCCAGAAGUGGAGGUCUUCUGCCUCCUAUUUGCUAAAGACCAACUCGAUGCUGUGCAGCUAUGUGAUUGUGUUGACUUGGCAGAUGGAAGCUUUGCUCCAGUGGACAUGAAUUUGAGGUGUAUAGCGCACCUGAGCAGCUUUGUAAUCCUGCGUUGUUAUUCUUCCAGCUUUCAGCCUGACCUGGGCUGUUUUAGUCAAACAAAGUUCACCAGAGGGAGGGCUGGCCACUUUUGUUGCAAGGCGUAGAUAAAGGAAACGCUACCAAGUAUAAUGGAUCUACCGGACUGAGGGGUUUUUACGUAUGUUGGUAAAUUGUGGGUGUCUUUUCUGGAGUAGAUUAAUGAACAAGGUCCAAAGAACACAAUAAAUUUCAAAUUUAAAAAAAAAACAGACUGUCUGAGGUUUAUUUUAGUUAUUGUUCAGUGAGAGUAUAAAUUUGAAAAUGUGACUAACUCUAGUUGAUAUGUUCAGUUUAGUGAUUUUAA